AUGAUUAAACGAGACGAGCAUUUAUCCCUUGAAGAUUUCCCCAAAGAGAAUACUUCUUUUGAAGGAAAAUUUGCUACUUAUAAAGUCGUGAAACUUCUGGGCAAGGGCGGCUUUGGAGCCGUAUUUCAAGUACAAGCGUCUACAAACAACGAAAUGUAUGCAGCAAAGCUAGAAUCAUAUGAUCGUUCUAGAAAAGUACUUUUGAUGGAUUGUUUGGUAUUGAGAGGAGCAGAAAUGUUAGGAAGCCCACAUUUUUGUAAAAUAUUUGAAGUAGGUAAAGUGGUUGGGCGAUUCCGUUUUGUUAUUAUCACAAUGCUUGGAUCAAGCUUGCAUGUCUUACGCACAUCUCAACCACAACAUCGUUUCUCACUUGGGACGGCACUGAGACUUGCGCAGCAAUCUUUGGAGGCUUUACAAGAUAUGCAUUGCAUUGGAUUUCUUCAUCGCGAUAUCAAACCUUCAAAUUUUGGCAUUGGUCGUCAAGAAACAAAUGAUUUUCACAUUGUUUAUAUUUUUGAUUUUGGUCUAGCAAGGCAAUUCGCAACUCUCGAUAAAGACUGCCGAUUACCUCGUCAAACUGCUCCAUUUCGUGGUACUCCGAGGUACGCAUCACUAAGUAGUCACCGAAGAAAAGAGCAAUCCCCAAAGGAUGAUAUAGAGUCGUGGUUUUACAUGGUUGUUGAAUGGACUGUGGGUGCAUUGCCUUGGAGACGAUUUCGAAAUCAUGAUCGGGAUCAGAUUCUAAUGAUGAAGGAACAAAUUCGAGAACCGGAUGGAGCUGAUAUAUUGCUCGAGGGUUGUCCAACACCACAUUACCGGAUGAUUCUGAAUUACAUUGAUAAUUUGCAAUAUGCUAGUAUUCCUGACUAUGGCUAUAUUUAUUAUUUACUCAAGCAUAUUGCUAAACAGAAUAAGAUUCCCGCUGAUCAACCAUUAGACUACGAUCCAGAACACCCAUAUAAUGGUACAGAAACUCCACCAUCAUGUUUACCUUGUGGCGUUGUAAUAUCAACGCUUAAUGAACAGAAGAAAAGUCCUAAAAAAGCGAAGACGGCCAUGAAACAAUGA